GCGCAAUGUCGGGCGACCUGCGCAGGCGCACCACCGCCACUCCACCACCACUCGUUCACGCGACUCCAACAUGGCGACUCUACUGUUUCCGCUUAUCUUCCUCCUGGUAAGGGUGGAAUUGAAUGCAGCAGAUCCUGCGCCGAGGAAAGUCCCGAAGGUCUACAACGCUUUGAUCACCUCCAACCAAAACCUGGAGCCCAGCAAAGCGUUCCCGGUGUACCAGCCAGUGCUGCACAACGCUCUGCCCUUCCCCUACCACCCUGUGGUAUAUGGAGAUUACCCUUUGAGUCCGGGAUUCCUACCAGUGCCUUUACCAGCUGCGCCUGCCAAUCCAAACACUAAGACUGUAGAAACAAAGCCAGCAACCCCCGAACCGACAGUCACAGAAGCGGCGGUACCCGAAAACCCUGAACCAGCAGCAGACUCAAACGUAGAUAAAGACAAGGAUGUCCCUCCUCCACCGUCCACGGAAUCUCCGAUCCCAUUGAACCAGUUUGGUCUUCCUCCGCAAGUUCUACCACUCGGACGCAUCAACCCUACCUACGCCAUAUCCCACAUAAACCCGUACCCCGCCUACUCCUACUCCGGCUUUGGUCUAUACGACCCAUACUCUCCGUUCGGCUUGAACCCUCUGAACUUCGCGUCAUACCCUAUUUAUGGUCCCCUCAACAAUUUAUUUCCUCAGUAUUCUCCUAGCUUCGUUGCAAGGGAACCCCCGGCAGCAACGCCAGCGCCAGAAGCGGCUGAUGGAAAAUCCACCCCACCUCCUGAACCCAGCGAUCUCAAUGUCCUGAACUAUGCUCCGAAAGAUCCGGCCAUACCUAAUGUACCUCCCCCGCCGUUGCCACAAGGAGGAUUGAAAUCUGAUGAAAAAUAAGUUUAAUUCAACGUUUAAUUACAUUAUGCAUCAUGUUUUUAGAUAUUAUGGCCAAAAUUGUGUGAGUCGAGGCGAGAGACAUUUUGUGAUAUCAGUGAAAUAAAUAAUUAUAAAAUUUUAA